AUGGCAAACUGUAUGGUGAUCUUAGUCACUCACCAUGUAGAACUUGUGUUCCCUGGCACUUAUUACAUUGUCUGCAUGCUGGAUGGUUGCAUUGAUGCCAAGGGUACUGUCAAAAAUCUCUGUGUGCAGGGCAUUCUGGACCACAUUGUGCAGGAUUCCACUGCGAAAGUCAAAGAAGAGGAGCCUGUAGCAGCCACCGAAAUCCCUGUCAAAGCACAGGAAGAUGACACUGAGGCAGAGAUGUCGUACUGGAUGUGGUUUAUGCUUGGGAUUCUCAUUGCUUGUUCACAGGGCUUAGGCGUUACUGAGAAGCUCUGGGUUUGGGUCAAGCAUAUGGCGAUGGUGCCCUCGGUGUUGACCGAGAAUGAGGCACUUAUGAACAGCUAUGUGCCCUACCAUAACCAUCGACACUACUCAAACAACUACUUCCAUGCUAAUACCUCUGGCUUCAACCCCAUCACGCUGCCUGAUGUUCACAAACACCCACUAUUCUACACUGGUGUUUAUGCGAUGAUUGGGUUCGCCACUGCAGCAGUCACUGCAUUGUCAACUGCUAUUCAUUACAACAGAGCAUUGAAGGCAUCAAGGUCUACAUUCUACAAGCUCUUGAUGGGUGUCAUGUUUGGAAAAGAUAUUGAAACCAUUGACACUAAUCUUGUCACUGCUCACAUCUCGAUAAAUCGUUUCUUCUACUGCCUCCUAGCUCGCAGUGAGUUGCUCGAAGAUGAAUGGCUCUUGUUGAACUUUGAUGGGCUUGGUGGGUUGGCUGUGUUGACCACCACCCUCCUUGCACUAUCAGGCUACAUCUCAGUUGGUACCGCGGGUUUGUGUAUCACAAGUGCUAUGACCUUUACCACUAGUGCUUAUUGGGCCUGUUGGUUUUGGACCACACUUGAGCUUGAUUUAAACUCUGUCGAGCAUGUUGUUGAAUACCUUGAUUUGCCACAAGAGCCUCCUGCUAUCAUCGAGUCUAGCCAUCCUCCUGCCUAUUGGCCUUCUAGCUCAACAAAGGAAGGGCUGUUAACUAUCAAGGACCUGGCUGUGGAGUUUGAUGCACCUUUGAAUCUAAUCCAGAAGGAGGAUGGCAUUUUCAGGAUGAUGUGCCUCAAGAGUAGGGAUGUUUGCUGA